AUGGAUCGCCUCCGUUCGUUGCGCACUAAACUGGAUGAUUAUUUACAUAAGGAUAACCCUUUCAAUGACCUUUUAAAGAAGGCUGAAGAAAAAACAAAAGUCGACCGGGUCAACCUGGUUCUUGGUGCAAUCGUAAUCUUUGUCGUGUAUUUGAUAUUUGGCUAUGGCACGAGCUUCCUUGCCAGUUUCGUUGGCUUCCUUUACCCAGCCUAUCGAUCAAUUAAGGCACUAGAAACGGAAGAUAAGGAGGAUGAUAAAAAAUGGCUGACCUACUGGGUCGUUUUCGCUGCCGUGAGCGUCUUCGAAGCGUUCACAGAUAUUCUGUUUUACUGGAUCCCACUCUAUUCACUUCUGAAGUGUUGUAUGUUCCUCUUCAUGAUGAUUCCAACAGAACCCAACGGCUCCGUGUUGAUAUACCAGCGUAUUAUACGCCCCUACUUUUUGAAACAUGAGAAGAAACUUGAUGAUGCUGUGAAAGCUGCAUCAGACUUGGCAGGUGAUUUCAGUCAAAACGCCUAUUUGCGUUCCCACCGACAACUGGUACCAUUCAGGCUGGUCUCUUAA